GCGCGCACAGCUCGUCUCUUACUGCGAUGUACAUGCGCGUCCGUAAUCGUCCAACCAGCCAGCGAGCCCGCACUCCUCAAAUCAGACCCAGCCGAACCAACCCGAGCCGAACUACAACGAUCCGAAUCGACAUCCCCGCCAGCGCAGUCCAAGGCUGGAGAGACGGAAUGAUGACCUCUUAACGCAUCUUUUACGCACUCGACCCGCUGUCCGUCCCUUAAAAGCUCACAUUCCGCCUGUUUGCGCUUGAUUCGCGUGCUGAGAUCAUGGACACAGCACUUCUAAGGACCCAUAUUAUCUUCUCUCUGCUUCUCCUUUUCAUCCAAAUAGUUGUGGAAGCUGAACCAUUGGCCCAAGGCUUGAGGAGGCUCACCGAAGAUGUCGACUGGUCAUACUCAGGUACCCUAAACCAGCGCAAGUGGGGUAAGAAGUAUCCAUCCUGUAACAGUCCCAGACAGUCUCCUGUGGACAUCGACGAGACAUUUACCCAGGUUAGGCUGCAGUACCAGAAUCUACAGCUAGAGGGCUGGAACAGCUUGACAGCAGAGUCUACCACCAUUCACAACAACGGGAAGACUGUGGCAAUCGAUGUGGAUGGGGAGUUCUUUGUGAGUGGCGGAGGGCUGAGGUCCAGGUUUCGUGUUGGCAGAAUCACCUUCCACUGGGGUCGCUGCAAUGCAACAUCAGAUGGGUCUGAACACAGUCUGAAUGGAAUGAAAUACCCUCUGGAGAUGCAGAUCUAUUGUUACAAUUCAGAGGAGUUCCAAAGUCUGGAUGAAGCUAUAGAGAAAGAAGGAAGGGUGGCUGCCUUAGCUGUGCUAUUUGAGAUUAGCUUGGAUGAUAAUGAGAACUUAAUUCCUGUUGUGGAAGCCAUUAACACUGUCAGCAGGUUUGGUAAGAGUGGGUCAGUGGAGGCAUUCACCUUGAGGUCCUUGCUGCCAAAUAACACAGACAAAUACUACAUCUACAACGGCUCACUGACUUCCCCCCCAUGCACUGAAAUGGUGGAAUGGAUUGUCUUUAAGCAUGUUGUGCCCAUAUCGGAAACACAGCUUGAGGUGUUUUGUGAAGUGAUGACUAUGGAGCAGGCUGGUUAUGUGAUGCUGACGGAUUACCUGCAGAACAACUUCAGAGAGCAGCAGCAGCAGUUUAUGGGUCAGGUGUUUGCCUCUUACACUGGAGUCGAGGAGGUGCUCACACCCACUUGCAGCUCUGAGCCACAGAAUGUUCAGGCUGAUGCUCAGAACGACACCACCAUCAUGGUGACCUGGGAGCGUCCCCGUGCAGUGUAUGACACAACCAUCGACUGGUACACUGUCACAUACCAGAAGCUGCAGGGCCAAGACCAGCGCAAGCAGGAGUACAGGACCGACGGAGACCAGGAUGUGGGUGCCAUCAUCUCCAACCUGCUGGCCAACAGCAGCUAUGUGGUCCAGGUGGUGGCUGUUUGCACCAAUGGACUCAGAGGACGAUGGAGCGACCAGAUAAUCGUGGACAUGCCAUUGGAAGACCCAGAAAGCGAUUCUGACCCUGAAGCUGUCACAAAGGAUUUGGAAGGAAACAGGGAGCUUUCGUCCAUAGUCAGAUGGGAGAAGCCAGUGAAGCAGAAUCCGAUGCAUUUAGCUUCAGAGGACAACAGCCCAGUGGAGGCGAUUCCACUGGAGCAGACCAGAGUUUACCAGAACCAACCUUCAUAUCAUGAGAACCAGCCCACAGACCGAACCCAAGCCAGCCAGAACAUUCCAGUCCAAGAAGGCACCACUCCAACCCCGAAGACACCCACCGAGGCCCCAGUUUCUCAGAAUGUCAGAAAGAAACAGGGUAAAAAAUCACAUGAUGUGGAUCAGAACUGGAUUGAAGGUGACCAGAUGAUGAACCAGCCUUUCACUAAUGCAGGCUUUGAGGGCAAUAGCGCAAUAUGGGUUACCACUGAGCUAACUGAACAACCAGGCUUCCUAUUUCCAGUUGUUCGGACAACCUCUCUGCCAGCAAUUCGCCGGCAAAUCACAGAAGAGGCAUCGCUGUCAGUGCUGCCACAUGAGACAAGAGAUCAAGGCCCACCACAGCAAGCCAGUGGAAAUAGCCUCCCUUCUGCUUCACCAGAGCUCUACACAACUCCUAUGGAGGAUAUCCACAUCACAGAUGUCUUCUAUGAAGACACAGUCAACAACUCUCCACAGGAAAUCAUCACCUCCCCUCCAACGACGCCUGCCUCUGCAGUGCCAGUGGACGAAGCCUUCCCGCCGCCCUCUGAAGAUGACGAUGCCCCUGUAAAUGAGCCCCUGCCAAAAACGCUACCCUCCUCAUCUCUCUGGAUCACAGAAAAGACGGCGACCCCCAGCAACACACUUGCCGAUUCAGUUUACAAGUCCUUCACUACCUCCUCUCUCCUCAGAGUGCUGAUGCAUACGACUCAGCCCAUGUUCAAUGAGCGAAGCAACAGCAGCCACGAGUCUCGGGUCGGACUUGUUGAGGGUGUGGACAGAGAGAAGAGGACAGUCAUUCCUCUGGCUGUCGUAUCCACUCUCACCAUCCUUUGUCUGCUGGUACUAGUGGGAAUACUCAUCUACUGGAGAAACUGUUUCCAGGCAGCUAAUUUCUACCCAGAUGACACAUCGCCUAAAGUUGUAUCUGCUCCAUCUACACCCCUGCUGUUGGCCACAGAUGGUCACGAGCCGCUGACAGUGAAGCAGUUUGUGAAGCAUGUCAUGGAGCUCCAGACCACCAACACUUUCUCCAAGGAAUUUGAGAUUGUCAAAGAGUCCUAUGAGGAGGUGCAGGCAUGCACAGUGGACAUGGGCAUUACUACAGACAGCUCUAACCACCCUGACAACAAAAACAAGAACCGAUACAUCAACAUACUGGCCUACGACCACAGUAGAGUUAAGCUCUCUAACAGUUUGGACAGAGAUGGGACAUGCGGGGACUACAUCAACGCUAACUUUGUUGAUGGUUAUGAGCGGACGAGGGCAUACAUUGCAGCUCAGGGGCCUCUAAAAUCAGGCAGGGAGGACUUUUGGAGGAUGAUCUGGCAGCAGAAUAUUGGAGUUAUUGUCAUGAUCACCAAUCUGAAGGAGAAGGGACGGACAAAAUGUGAUCAGUACUGGCCAGAGGAGAACCAGGAAGAGUAUGGGUCUUAUCAGGUGACACUGAAAAACACCAAGACACUUGCUUACUACACACUCCGGACGUUCACUGUCAGGGAUACUGCAAAUAAGGUAUCUCAAAGGAGAGUUGAACACACAGUCCUCCAUUACCAUUACACCCAGUGGCCGGACAUGGGCGUCCCAGAAUACACUCUGCCCGUCCUCUCCUUCAUCAGAGCGUCCUCCAGGGCCCGCACGCAGGAGAUGGGACCUGUGUUGGUACAUUGCAGCGCCGGUGUGGGAAGGACAGGAACCUACAUUGUGAUAGACAGCAUGCUGCAGCAGAUCCAGGAUCAAGGGACAGUGAACGUUCUUGGCUUCCUGAAACAUGUCCGCACACAGAGGAAUUUCCUUGUUCAGACAGAGGAGCAGUACAUAUUCAUCCACGAUGCCCUGGUUGAAGCUAUUUUGAGCCGGGACACCUUGGUGACCUCUGACCUCCUUCACAAUUACGUCUCUGACCUGCUGACCCCUGGUGCCACAGGCAGGACACGUAUGGAUAAACAAUUCAAGUUAAUUAGUCAGCGUCAGGCGAAGCACGCAGACUACAGCACUGCCCUGAAAGAUGGCAACGCUGAGAGGAACAGAGCCAGAGCUCUAAUGCCUGUGGAGAGAUCAAGAGUCACUCUGACUGCUUCAGAAUCAAACUCCACAGGCUACAUCAAUGCAUCCUACGUGAUGGGACAUCACUACACUAAGGAGUUCAUAGUGAGCCAGACUCCUCUGAGCAGCACGGUGGCAGAUUUCUGGAGAAUGAUCUGGGAACACAAUGCACAGAUUGUAGUCUGUCUGCCAGACUCAAACAGCCAGAGAGACGAAGAGUGUCGUGCGUACUGGCCCAGUAAAGACCAGCCCCUGAGCAUUGAUGGCUUCACUGUGUCAUACUCCAGGGAGGAGCACAUGUGUCUGUCUAAUGAUGAGAGACUUUUAGUGCAGGACUUCACAGUCCAGUCUCCACAGAACAAUUAUGUGCUGGAAGUGCGUCAGUACAGCACCACCUGCUGGCCCAACCCAGACAGUCCGAUCCGAAACAGCUUUGAUCUCAUUAACAGAGUCAGAGAACAGAGCACGCACACACAGGGACCGGUGAUCGUACAUGAUCCUUUGGGAGGUGCUACGUCAGGACUGUUUUGUGCCCUCACGACCCUGUCCAAUCAGCUAGAGGAGGAGGGAUCAGUAGAUGUCUACCAAGUGGCACGGAUGACCAACCUCAUGAGGCCUGGGGUAUUUAAUGAUAUAGAGCAGUACCAGUAUCUGUACAGAGCGGUGUUGAGCCUGGUGAGCAGUCAGGAGGACCAGAGAGCUCUGCAGAAUCCAGAGACCAACGGAUCUGUACCGCUGGGCCAGACCAACAUCGCAGAAAGCCUGGAGUCGCUCAUGUAGACAUCCACACAAAAAUGCGCAUGAAAGAGAAAAUAAAUCACACGAGCACACAUUUGAGAUUACGAGGAGAAAAGAGUAGGUCUGCUGAUCAUGCUAAUACUUUCAUUUACCACAAAUUCAAAAAUCAUUAUUUAUAAGAUCAUUUUUCAAAACAGAACAAUCUAAUGAAAUGACAUUUAAUCUAAAAGACCUCUGGUCUAAAGUCUUUUCCCUUAUUAUGAAGAAAAUUCUUACUCUGCCCGACAAGCGAUGAUGAAACACCUGAAAGUGUCCCUUUUGUUAUGUUAGCAUGCACAGCAGACAAGGCUACCAGAUGAGAGAAAAAGGUACCCUUCUGCUUCUAAGGGACCCUUUAUAAGUGAACAACAAACAAAACCCUGCAUCAUUUAUAACAAUACAUUAUUAUUUUAUUUUUAAUCAUCAUUUAAAGCAUUAGUUGGAAUUAGGGGUGGCACGGUGGUUAGCACUGUUGCAUCACAGUAAGAAGGUCCUGAGUUCAAAUCCAUCAGGCCG